UAAAAAGAUAAGAAGCGAGUGUUUAAGGCAGUUCAGCUCACAUUUCAGUCUAAACAACAAUGGCGGCAAUCACAGAGUCCCACAUGUCGUUCAACCGCAGAAGCCUCUUUCAAACGUCUCUAUUUGGUUCUUCCUGCAAGACACCGAGAGCAGCACCACUAAUAUGUUCACCGCAGUUUCCAAAAAUAAGAAUGGAAGCUCAAGAUUUGGCGAAGCAGAUGAAGGAGAUGGCAACUGCACGAAGGAGAUGGGAAUCCCAGGUUAGAGAGGGCAAAGUGAAGGUCCUAACACCAAAAGAGGCUGGCUAUACAAUACAACUUUCAGACAAAGUUCUUCUUGAUGUCCGUCCAUCAAUAGAGCGGAGAAAGGCUUGUGUCAAAGAUUCUAUUUGGAUCCCAAUUUUUGAUGUUGACAAAAAGCUAGAUCUUGAAACGUUGCUCAAGAAGAUUUCAAAUUUCACAAUGGGGGGGUGGUGGAGUGGGAUUGCUUUGAUGGCUUACAAUGAUAAGUUCAUUAGACAAGUAGAAGAAAAAAUCAGCAAGGACACUGAUAUUGUAGUAUCAUGUCAAAGUGGGAUCAGAUCCUUAGCUGCUUGUGAGCAACUAUACAAUGCUGGUUAUAGAAAUUUGUAUUGGAUUCAAGGGGGCUUUAAUGCUGCCGAAGAAGGGGAUCUUGAAAGGAGUGGAACACAACCUUUAAGAUUUGCUGGCAUAGGUGGAAUUUCUGAAUUUCUUGGCUUUACAGAUCAACAAAGAUAUGCAGCUAAAAAGGAAGGAUGGGGUUAUCGAGCAAUGUUUUUCAGUCGAUUGGUUGCGAUCAUUUUACUUGUAGAUGCCCUCUUCAUAGGGGUUCAACAACUUCAACGCACUGUACGCUAAAUAUGGCUCUACAAAAGGGCUUCUUCACCCAAUUUUGAUUCAAUGUUCGCUGCUUAUUGCAUAUGAGAGUGGAUUCAAUACCAAUUCAAACGUAUGUCUUCUUAUGGAAGAUCAAAUUAACUGAAGAAUGGAGGCAAUUAUUAAGUAGAAAAUAAAUUAUUACGUUUUAAUAAUUUUGAUCAUGCAUUUGUUGUUUAUUAUUAUAUAUAAUUUAUUUAAAUAGUUGGAAUAAUU